GGAAAACAUGGAGGAAAGGAGUAUGUAGUGUAAACUUAAUUGGCUCAAAUUACUCAGAAUUUCAGUUAUUUGCCUUUGUAAAUUAUACUUUAUGAAUAAAUUGCACUAAAAUCCCAAUUAGUGUAAAAAACAGCCGCUGCUUAUCGGUCCUGGGAGAAGACAGAGCCGCGGAAACUGCGAGAAACAUUUAUGACAGGAUUUGGCAUAUGCCUGGUGAAAAAGCAGUGAAAAGAGGUGAGUCUGGCUGAGUGGAGCCAGUUGAGAUGGGUGCCAACACCAGCCAGGUCAGUGAUCUGUCCGAUAACCCCAGCCUCAAGGCCCUGGUGGGCACCGAGUCCAUAUCGGAAAAUGACCCUUUCUGGAAUCAGCUCAUCUCUUUCACCUUCAUCAGCCCCACCAGCAGUGGAGACUCUAAGUUGCUGGAAGAGGCUGUCAUCCCCCUGGCCAAGGUCUUCAUUGAAAACAAUCCCAGAACAGGCAACUUUGGUGCUCUUGUGAGAAUUUUUCUGGGAAGAACCAAGGAGCUGAAAAUCUCUACAGAAUGCCAGGAUCAGCUGUUUAUCUGGCAGGCCCACAAUGCACUGUUCAUGAUCCGCUGCCUGCUCAAGGUGUUCAUCAGGGAGAUGAGUGAAGAAGAGCUGCACCUACAGUUCUCCUACCAGGAGAGGGCACCAGGCUCCUGUGGAGAAACAGGCGGCCAGGAUCUCCUUGAGGAGCUUUUGUCCAACCUCAUUCACCUGAUUGUUGAAGUGCCCCUGCUUGACAUCACGUAUAGCAUCCUGUUUGAAGCAGUGACCACGCUGCUGGUAUUCUUCUCCUAUCAGCUCUUCCACAAAGACAUCCUCCGAGAUGGAUUAAUCUACCAGCACAUCAUGAAUGGACGAUGUUUGUGUUUAACCAGUCGACUGGUGAAGACCCUGCUCUAUAACUUCAUCAGGCAGGAGAAAUGUCCACCUCCAGCAACCCACAUCUUUGAGCCAAAAGAUGAGGGAGGCCUACUUUAUGGCCUGGCAUCUGGGGUGGCAAGUGGGCUGUGGAGUGUCUUCACAUUGGGUGGAGCUGGCAGCAAAGCCCGGAUAGACCAAGAACACGACCCCUUGCCUUUGUCCAAUCAAAGCCUUCUGUUACUGUUGGUCCUAGCCAAUCUGACAGAUGGACCUCACUGGCCCAACCCCUACCGCCAAGCUAUUACUUGUUUCAGAAACACACAAGACACUUCGUCGAUGUCCGUGGAGCAACCUCACACUUUCCAGAUCAAUUUCAACAGUCUGUACACAGCACUGUGUGAGCAGCAGCGCUCAGACCAGGCCACCCUACUACUGUACACCCUCCUCCACCAGAACGCCAACAUGAGGACGUAUAUGCUCUCCAGAACUGACAUGGACAAUCUGGUCUUGCCCAUCCUCGAGAUCCUUUACCACGUGGAGGACAGAAAUUCUCAUCAUGUCUAUAUGGCCCUCAUUAUUCUGCUCAUCCUUACGGAGGACGAUGCCUUCAAUCGCUCCAUCCAUGAGGUGGUAUUGAAGAACAUCUCAUGGUACACAGAGAGGUCACUGACAGAGAUCUCACUCGGCAGUUUGCUUAUCCUGGUGGUCAUACGCACCAUCCAGUUCAACAUGACCCGGACAAGGGAUAAGUACCUCCACACCAACUGUCUGGCUGCACUUGCCAACAUGUCAGCCCAGUUUCGUUGUCUCCACCAGUAUGCUGCCCAGCGCAUCAUCAGUUUAUUUGCUUUGCUUUCCAAAAAGCACAACAAGGUUUUGGAGCAGGCAACACAGUCUCUGAGAGGCAGACAGGGAGACAACACAGCCCUGCCCGACUAUGCCCAGGACCUGAAUGUGAUUGAGGAGGUGAUCCGCAUGAUGCUUGAAAUCAUCAACUCUUGCUUGUGCAACUCUCUACACCACAACCCCAACCUGGUGUAUGCGCUGCUCUACAAGAGAGAGCUCUUUGAGCAGUUCAGGAUGCACCCAUCCUUCCAGGACAUCAUGCAGAACCUGGACACGGUGAUUGGCUUCUUCAGUCAGCGUCUGGAACAGGCUGGAAGUGACCUGUCAGUUGAGAGGGUUCAGGAGGUCAUCAUGAAAGGAGCCCAGGCCCUGCCCACAGACAGACUGAAGAAGUUCCCAGAGCUCAAGUUUAAGUAUGUGGAGGAAGACCAGCCGGAAGAUUUCUUCAUCCCCUACGUCUGGUCGCUGGUCUUCAACUCUGGAGUCGGCCUCCACUGGAGCCCUCAUGGCAUCGAGCUGUUCAGCAUGGACUCUGGCUGAAGCACCUGCUGCACCUCCUGCGUCUUCAUCCCCGUUCAGUUUAGGCAAAAAAGACUGACGGCAUGUGUGUGUCUGUGUUCGUGUGUGUUCGUGUGUGUUCGUGUGUGUUCGUGUGUGUGUGUGUGUGUGUGUGUGUGCGUGUGCGUGUGCGCUUGUGUGUGUGCAUGUGUGUGCAUUGCCCUUUAUAGUAUGUGCACGCUGCUUUGAAAGUGCCUCAACCUUGUACAGAAUGGUGUUUUUUUUGUUUGUUUUUUAUGCAGCACAACCAAUUUCUUUUCCUCAUAUCAUAAUAACUCCUCUGCUUCUACACUGUGAAGCUUCAUCUGUAACAGUUCUCACAGUAGCACCCACUCAUGUACAUACAGUCCUGUAGGGAAUCCGUAUUUGACAUGUGAGCAGCCUUACCUGGUUCCACAGCACAUGCCAAGUUUCAUCUCUUAUGUAAAGCGUUUUGUUAUACUGAGGAGCUCAGGACACAGGCGAUGGAUAAUCCUUCUUUUGUCCUUGCUUUUGAGGAAAGGGUCAGUUACACAUGGUCAACCUUCAUUUAGCGCUGCACUGAAUGCUUAGAAAUAGUACCAACUUAAUAUUCAAGACAGGCCACACGUCUAGGAAGCUAAAACAUACAUUUCAUGAAUAACUUACUGUAUGUGGUAUUGAGUUUUACGUGUGAUCAUCUCAUAAAUUAGUGUUUUAUUCUGACGAACAUUUUUUCUGACAAUGGUGGGUUUGUAUGAAACAUUUGUGUUUGUUAAAUAAAAAAAGGUCAGACAAAGAGAACCAAAAGAAAGUCUCUGUUUUAUGGUAACAUGCAGGGGUUCCACACUUGAGUCCACCGGUGUUGCUUGGUGGCCACCUCCAAUAACCCACAUCGAAUUAUAGUUUAAUUAAUGCUUAAUUUCAGUCCCUGGAUAAUAUAAGCAUUCAGCAUCACUCUGAUUCAUGUGAUUUCAUUGUUGCUUCCAGCCUCAUUUAUUUGACUUUACCCUGUCUUUGUCGUUUCCAUUUUAUUCCUAAUGGUAACCCAAGGCAAGUACUUAAACUAGGACAAGUCAUUAAACCUCCUGUCCUGUUGUGUGUAAUUACAGUUGUCUUUGAUUUGUCACUUUAUUUGCAUGUUUAAGUAGAGACUUUGUAUUAAAUUAUUUAUUUUCAUGUAUAUUUUUUUUUAUAUGUAGCCUCUCAAAAUGUAAAUGGUAGUAGUACUGAAAUCAUUACUACUAAUGAAAGAAAAACGGUGGUACUUUACUUUGAUUCUUCCCAGGUGGGAAACUGGCUUUAUAUUAUUACAUAUAAUAUGACAACAGCUGUCAUUUUGUGACGAAUAUUACUUUGAAAAUAGGAGUUUAAAUAAAAAUA